GCCGUCGUAAGCGGAGGCCUCGAACGGCAAACGGUUUUCCGGUUCGCGCGACGGAAGUGACGCAAAUUUGGCGCGCCGCAGCGCCCAUCGAGGAACCCAGGUCACUAUGAACCGGGUCCUCAGUGUGCCCGCGGCAAGGGCCGUUCGGGUGCUGAGGCCAGCGCGCAGGGCUUCCGGAAGCCUGCCUUCGCCUCCCGGUACCCGGGCUCGCGCCCAGCCCACGGCCCGGGGCGAGGAGGAGGACGACCUCAAUCGUGCCGUUCACUUUUCCUCCAGCAGAGCCAGCCCGUCCUGCUGGAGAGUGGAGCGUUCCCUGGGAAGGGAGCAGCGGAGACCCUGGUGGAGGGUCCUGCCCUGCAGCCUGGCCCUCCUGGUUCUGGUCGUCUGGUGCUUCCUUAGGCGGGAGACCGGCGCGGAUCACUGGCUGAGACAGGUGUUGGAGGAACAGGAGCCGGAGCCCAGCGAUCGUUCUGAGGCUCACGGAACUCCGGCCGCCGCCAGGACGAGAGCUUAGUGCGGCGCCCGCGGCGCUUAGCGAGGGAACAGACAUCCGUCCGUAGGCUUCGACGUCGCGUUUGACCGUUUCUGUCCUACGUAGACGCGUCCCCGGACUGACGGACUUGGGUGGCGCGCCUGGCCGCGCUGACCCUCGUGGAAGCAGAGCAGAAUGCCAGCAGAUCGCAGCCGGCUCCUUGCCUGAUAGUCGAUGCCCAGCGAAUACGUGCAAACGAUUUCAGAUCCAUAGGAAAGGUGUCGGUUGCAGCGUGUGCUUUUGGAUUUGUGGUCUUUGUACAGCGUUGCCAUGUUUUCGAAGCAGUUCUGGUGAUACCUGUAAUCCAGUGUAAACCAGUUUGCAGCUCAUUCGCUUUCUGACACAGAGUAACCGGCAGAAGAGUUAUUAACCUUUUUCUUUUAGAAUGUACUGUGAUGGGUAUAAAUUUACAAAUUAACAAAUCGACAAUAAGUCUUAAUUUGGUAAUGUGAAAUUAAGCCAAGCGCCCCCCACACCGUCCCGCGCCCCAUUUUUUGUUUUUGCAUCUCAUUAAAAAAGGGAGCCUUUUAAGUCCUCUAUCAAUUCUUUUGUUUACCUUUUUUUCCAGAAUAGGAACUGAGGAAAUAAAUCUAUAUGAAUUGUGGAA